AUGGCCUCCUCAAGCAGACCUGCUGAAGCCAUCAGCCCACUCAAUACAGGAGGUUACUUCCAGCAAUUUGAAGACCCCUGGUCUGGACAUGGCGUUCUUGAACAGGAAGCACCUUCGCGUCCUGCGUCUACCCGCGAAUUUAACACCAGCUCCUGUUCUCUAGUUAUUCUACAAGAACCAAGGUUGUGGCGCGCUUCCAACGCAGCCUCUCCGACAAUAGGCAACGGAAAAGCUGGCAAGAAGAGCUCUGUCAAAAAAGAUACCAAUAAUUUUCUCGAGCCCCCAGUUGCCCUCGAAUGGGCCCGUAACGGUCAUGCAGUCGUUGAUCCUCAUGUGAUGUGCGUCGUCACCGUAAAAUCACUCGAUCCAGAAAACCCAGUGAGGAUAGAUACUCUGAUUGGAUGCACCACUUCAUCUUUGCAGAAGCUGAAACAUGCUCAAGGAGACCAAUCAAUAUUCGCAUUUCCGACACUUGGAAUCAGAUAUCCUGGCAGAUUUGUCCUCAUAUUCUCUGUUUACAGAGUCCAUGAAGGUGUCUUCCUCGAUGAAGCCACGGGUGGAAGGCUCCGGUUGCCUUACACAGAGAUGAUCGCUGAGAUCUAUGGCAGCGAAUUGAUCAUCAGUACCGAAAAGAAUGCUGCGUAUUCCAAACUGUCUACACAGUUCACAAAAAACAUGCGUGAAUCAGGCGUCAAGGUCAGAACCAGAAAGGAGCCACGUAAGCGGAAGUCGGCGACCACAAACUGGACCGCAGACGUCCUUGGUGCAAAAAUUCCAGGCUCUUUUCCGUUCAGUCCUACUUACAUGGCUUUGCCCGGUCACAGCGGCCCUAUGCCUAACCUUCACAACGGAGAGGAUAUCAGCCGCCGAAUAUCCUACCAAGGCAUGACUAGCUCGGCGUCCUUGCACACCCAGACCCAGUAUACCGCUGCCACGCCCUACCUAUUGCCCGCCACGCAGCAGCAGGGCUACUGGACACAACCAAAUGCAUUCAUGCAAACUCCAGCUGCGUACAACACCGGCGUCUACCAGGGUGGUGUUCACCAUGACAGUGUCAAUCCAGCCGGUGUCUACCAGAGCAGUGUCAACCUAGCCGGUGUUUACCAUGGCAGCGUCGACCCAACCGGUGUCUACCACAGCAGUAUCAACCCAACUGGUAGCAACCAUGGCGGUGUCAUUCCAAGCGGCGGUUACCAUGGCAGUGUCAACCCAACUAGUGUUAGCCAUGGUAGUAUCAGCUCGACCAAUGCCCACCAUAACGGCGUCAACCACAUUGGUCUCAAUCACAAUGGGAUCAACCAAGGCGAUAUCAACCACAGCGGUGCUGAUGACAAUGAUGCUGGCAGCAACGAUAUCAACAACUACCAUCCGGGUUGGAGCUCUUGA